CGUUCUCAGUGAGCAAUGGAAGUCGCGUCUGCUUUCGCAGAAGUUAUCGCCAGUUUCCCGCGGUUUCCCCGCGAACGCAGCCCAAAAUCCCGCCAAAAACCGCGCGUGCUGAGAAGAGACAGGCAGCGCCACCGCCGCCGAGAGCCGAGUAGUCGGCACCCCACACGAGCCAGUAGCGAGCGAGAGGGUGAGGGGAAGAUGUCUUCUUGGGACGACGACGACGACUCCGCGGCGUCGGCAGCGGAUGCGGCGACCACGGACGUGGAGCUGCUGAAGCGCGCGUGGCGCAACGAGAAGGCGGCGCCGGAGAUCCUCCGCUUCGACUCCCCCCUCGUCUCCCGCGUCCGCGAGCAGAUCCAGCUCCUCGAGGAGACGCUUGACGACUUCGCUGACAGCGGCGUCGACGACCUGGUGGUCUCGCUCUACCAGAUGGACCUCGACCGCACGCUCUUCCUCCUCCGCUCCUACCUCCGCCUCCGGCUACAAAAGAUCGAGAAGUACACGAUGCACAUCUCCAGGUCCGACGACCUCCUGAGCCGGUUGUCGCAGCAAGAGCAGCGGUUCGCCAAGAGUUGUGCGGAUAUCAUGGAGAAGCAUCUGGAGCAGUCAGUGCUGUCGAAGCUGCCGUACGGGUAUGACUCAGUGACGAGGCAGUCGCUGUCAAGCUCUGAGGAUGAUAUGGUUCCAGAGCCUCAGCUUGACACAUUUGUCUUCUGCAAGACUAAGAGCGACGUAGGAGCAUUCCAGCUAGAUGACAUAGGAGAGGAGGUUGUGGACUUGGUUGCUGACGACUUGUAUGUUCUUCGGUACAAGUCCAUCAAGGGACUUGUGGAGGGCGGCCGGAUCGACCUUAUCUGACGUCAAUCACAAGUCAGGGCCCGCAAGAAAGCGUUGAAGAUGUAACAGCUAAGGCUUAGAACAUAUUAUGAACAUUUUGGUCCAAGAUUCUUCUGUUUUCCUGGAAAGGAAGGAACCAAGGGUAAUUUGCUUAGUACCAUCGCAAAGAUAACUUGAACUGAAAAAUAUCGUCUUGUGUCAUUGGCAUGUGGCCUAGGCACCAUAUAUAAGCCUCACAUUGGAUGGUAUGUUGUAAUUUGUACGCAUGAUUGUGAUGGUAUUGAAUUGAGUUUCUCUAUUUUCAUUUUUUA